UCUAGGAAUUUAUAAUAUUAUUCUCGAAAAUAUUUGUAAAUAUUCACGAUGUUAAUGAAAGAAGAUACUUCUAGCAUGAUGAUCAAUAGAGUACACCAAGUAGUAACAACUCUUGGUAUUGGUGGAGCAGGAGAAGUCUACUCAAUCAAGAACAUCAAGGAUAAUACCAUGUUUGCAGCAAAAUUCGCAAGGAAGGACCUGAAGGUUACCCAAGCUAAAAAGCUACUCCUGCUCCAAAGGGAAAGAGAUACUAUGGAAGAGCUCAAUGGUCAUCCGAAUAUUCUCUCUAGCUACCAACUUUUUAAGAGAAGAAGAGCCUGUUCUCAAAAGGAUGGGUUUGAAGCUUGCAAACAGAACUUCGGAAUCCAUUUAACAACCGCUCCUUAUCAUAUGAUAGAAUAUUGUGAGAAUGGAAGCUUCAUCAGUUACAUGAGAAACCAAGCUGCCCUGCCCGAGAACAUUGCUACAUACUAUGCGGAACAGCUGAUUGGCGCACUUCACUUUAUUCACCUUAAAGGGUACGCUCAUCUUGACAUAAAACUAGACAAUAUCCUGCUUGAUAAUUACUUCAACAUUCGUAUAUCCGAUUUUGGUUCGGCUAUUAAGAUCAACGACCAGCCCUAUGUCUCAAUCAGGAGAGGAACCACAAAAUAUAUGGCACCUGAGGUUCGUGAUUUAGUACAAGACGAAACUUUUGACGCAUAUAAGGCUGAUAUGUAUUCACUAGGUAUUUGCCUUUUCCUAAUGCUUUUUAAAAGGUUUCCCAUUCACCUUGAGGAAGUAGUCUAUACAGGCACCCUAGAUCUAUUCAAAGAGGAUGAAUCUCUUGAUUCAUGCCCUUUCGACUGUGAUCAAGACAUCUGGAAAGGUCUUACAAUCCAGACUAGGAGAAUUCUGUUGGCGCUUCUAAAUAAAGAUCCAGACCAAAGGCCCUAUAUCCAUCAGCUGGUCGAGUAUUUUCAGCUUGCUCCCUCCAAUGAAUCUAUCGAGGAAUUAAUCUUCGAUGAGAUGCAAAGGAGGAGAACUAAGUACGAAGAAGACUGAUACGAGAAACAGUUCAUUCAACCUGCUGCUUGCUCGAAGAAUCUGAAGCCAGAAUCAGGUUGAAAAGAGGCUAAAGUUGUAAAGUCUCCAUCUAACAAAUCCGGGUCGAGCACUAAUGUUACCAACUAAGUUCUUGACCCCUGGUAUCAUCCGAGCUACUGGCUUGGCAAGUUUGCCAAAUAGCGCAAGUGCACCCUUGCUUAUUUGGUAGACACUUUAAAGUGUAGGGGGUUCGCUCUUUUGUUAUCAAUUGAUAACGCAAAGUGAAUCCAUCUCUAUCACUGAUUUAUUUCUUAUUAAUUAAUAAUUUACU